GCUACAUGUCUGUUUAGUUUGGUUACUUAAUUUAAACACGUGUUUUCGCUUUAAUUUGUCAUUUUUAAUUGAAAGCUCUUUUUUUCUAAUUUAUAACUAUUAUACAAGAUUUUAGCAAAUACAACAAGUUAGUAAAUAAUGGGGCGAAAGGCAAAAUUCGAUGAAACCAAAAAAGUGAAAAAGGGCCCAGGUAGAAAGGCGAGAAAACAACCAGAUCCUGUUUUCAAAAAGGAACUGCUUGAAAAUGAUGAGCAAAAGAAGCUUAGUCACAGACAGAAACAGCGAGCAGCAAGGAGAGUGAAAAAGAAAGCAGAGAUAGCAGAGAAGAGGAAAACAUUGAAACAAGUAAAAAAAAAUGUUGCCAAACAAAAAGAAGUGGUACUCGAAAAAGGUUCUGAUGAUGAAUCUAGUGAUGAAAAUAAUCAAGGUUUCACUGACGAUAACAAAGAGUGGUUAAAACCAAAACAAAAAAAUAAGACCAAUUUAAAAGAAUUGAGUGAUGAAGAUAGUGACAGUGGUCAUGAUGAAUCUGGUAGUGUCAACGAAGACAACAGUGAUGACGAAGAUACACAGAAAACUGGUUCUAAUGCCGAAAACUAUAAAGUUGGAACCUUAGAUGACUUAUUUCAAGAUUCUGAUAAGGAAGCUAGUGAUGCUACAUCUGAGGAUGAGGGUGCAGACACUUCAGCUAAGAUGUCUUAUAACUCUGAUUCAGAUGAAGAAGCAGAGGAAGAAAGUGAUGAUGAUGGUGAUGAUGACAUGUUACCCAUUGAAAAGGCGAAUAUAAAAUUAAAGAAGAAACAAAAAAUUGACAGGAAGCUUGCAGACGAUGAGAUGCAACUCAAUAUUGCUAAGCAAGAUGUGUUUGCAUUUCCCACUGAGGAGGAAUUACAAAAUCCCACAAGUCUUCAAGAUGUUAAUCAAAGAAUUAAGGAUGUUGUUCAUGUUCUAAGUGAUUUCAAUCGUUUAAAACAAGAGGGUAAAUCCCGCUGUGAAUAUACUGAUUUACUUCUUAAAGAUUUAUGCAUGUAUUAUAGCUAUAAUGAGUUUUUAAUGGAAGUUUUAAUGCAAAUAUUUUCUGUGCAAGAAUUGGUAGAGUUCUUGGAAGCUAGUGAAAUUGCUAGGCCUAUAACUAUCAGAACAAAUAGUCUUAAAACAAGGCGGCGUGAUUUAGCUCAAGCACUGAUUAACAGAGGUGUCAAUUUAGAUCCAGUCGGAAAAUGGAGCAAAGUAGGUCUUGUUAUAUAUAGCUCCACGGUACCAAUUGGGGCUACUCCAGAAUACUUAGCUGGUCAUUAUAUUCUCCAAGGUGCAUCAAGUUUUUUGCCUGUUAUGGCAUUAGCUCCUCAAGAAAACGAAAGAAUUCUGGAUAUGUGUGCUGCUCCAGGAGGAAAAGCGUCACAUAUUGCAGCAAUUAUGAAGAAUACUGGCGCAUUAUUUGCAAAUGAUGCAAAUAAAGAACGAACUAAGGCUAUUGUUGGCAAUUUUCAUAGAUUGGGAAUUGUAAAUGCUGUAAUAUGCAAUUAUGAUGGGCGUCAGUUUCCAGAUGUGAUUAAGGGAUUUGAUAGGGUAUUAUUAGAUGCACCUUGUACAGGUACAGGUGUUAUUGCAAAGGAUCCUAGUGUUAAAACAACAAAGGAUCAAAAGGACAUACAAAGGUGUUUUAAUUUACAAAGACAAUUACUUUUAGCUGCUAUAGAUUGUUGUAAUGCUAAAUCAAGUACAGGGAGCUACAUUGUAUAUUCAACAUGUUCAAUACUGCCUGAAGAAAAUGAAUGGGUGGUUAAUUAUGCUUUGAAAAGGAGAAAUGUGAAAUUAGUCCCAACAGGUUUAGAUUUUGGUACAGAGGGCUUCGUGAAAUACAGACAUCAUAGGUUCCACCCAUCACUGAAUUUGACUAGGAGGUUUUAUCCCCAUACUCAUAAUAUGGAUGGUUUCUUUGUGGCAAAAUUUAAAAAGUUUUCAAAUGUUAUACCUGAACCAGUAAAAGAUGAAGAUGAGGAGGAGGAAACUACAGAAACAGGCCAACAAAAUGGAAACAUUGAAUCAGAUGCAGAUAAUACACAACCGGAAAAGAAUAGCUCUGCAGUAAAAAGAUCUGCAACCUCUAAUGAAACUGAACCACAAAAGAAAAAAAAUAAGCCUUCCGAUGAAAAAAAUAUUUCUCCAACUAAUACAUCUAGUACUCAUACAGCACAAAAUAAAAAGAAGAAGCGUAAAAACAAUAAAAGAAAUAAAUCAAAUGUAACUGAAGUAAACCAAGCACAGCAAAUUAAGCAGACACAACCUAGUACCAUAAAUAAGAAAAAUGAUGUAAAGAAAUCCAACGAGAAAAUUAAAAUUGGAGGUAAUAAAAAGACAAAUAUUACCAAUAAGAAAAAUACAAAUUCUACAGAAACUAUUUUAAAUUCUCAGAGUCAAGUAAAUAGUAAAGGAACGAAAAAUCCAAGUGAGUACACUGUAAAUAAGAAUCCAACCCUAAGUCCACAGCAGAAGGCUAAGAAUAAGAAAAAAAACAAAACUAAACCUUCAAAUGACAGUCCAAAAAAUAUUGCACUAGUCAACAAAAAUGAACAUAAAAUAACAGAAAAGUUAGAAGUUAAUGCGUCGAGACAGUUAAAAAAGAAGUUAAAGAAAAAGAAUAAGCAGAUCGGUCAAAUAAAUGAGAAGAAGGAAGCUUCCAAACCACAGAAUAAACAAAUGCGAGUAAAUAAAAAAAAUAAGAAAAUGAAGUCAAAGUGAUCCACAACUACUUUAAGUACAUAAAUUGUUAUGACGUAAGGAUUAUUUUAUUAAAAUUAUAUGAUAACUUCUUGAA